UGAAAAUAAACCCAAUUGGAACAUGUGUAUCAGUUAUACCAUUCACUGCAGAAUGUUACUGCUGGCAGUGUGUACAUUGUUGCUGUGGGGAGCGGCGUACUCUGAUACAACCGUCACAAUCUACAACGAAUGGCUCUCCCAGGGUGGACGUGUCCAUUAUGAAGUUGACAGAUGGAACAAACAUAACGGACUCGACCAUCCGAAUCUAAUUCCAAAGUGUAAAUCUAUCGGAACCGCAACAGGGCGCUGGAUGAACAGAGACCUGAACGACCAUCUCUUUGCAAAUUGGCACCAGAACCCGAGUCGCCAUGGCUAUCCAGACCCAAACUAUCUCAACGACCAUGCCCUCCAAUCAAAGAUGUUCGGGUACUAUAUGGAGCAACUGCAAGGAUAUGGGAGUGGCAUCAACAACAUGGUUUGGGUUAUAAACGGUAUGACCUGGCCUGGAUGGAUGGAUAAGUCCCACCACCAGGGCAAAUUCCCCAACAACGUAGAUGCUGCUGGCGAAUUUGUGUCACUGAUGGUCCAAAGUGCUAAAGAUAAAACCGGUGGACACAUACCGCACAUAUUUGAAGUCAUCAACGAACCUGAGGUUCACAACAUUGGCGACCAAACAAUUAUUGAUUUCCACAGGGUUGUCGCUCAAAAGCUAAAGUCCAGGUUCGGAACGAAAGUGGCAGGACCAACAUACACUGGCUAUAGCAUUGUUAAGUCUGAUGCUAACAACUUCAGCAUUUGGAAGAGAACAGCAAAGUUUCUGGACAUGUCUCUUGAUCACUUGGACUUCUUCUCUUUCCACGUCUACAACCAUCUGUAUGUGACUGGUGGAAGUCAUCACCACAGUGGCGCAAACGAGGUUCGUCUCGUCGCUGCUAUCGACAUGAUAGAAAAUUACUCUCAUCUCAAGAAAGGAAAAAACGUGCCUUUAAUUGUAAGUGAAUUCGGCAGAGGUGGUGUGCAUGGCCUGGACCAGUGGAAACCUAAUAGUCUCAUAGACUUUGAAACAGUUUACCAACCAAACGGGUUCAUGUUUACCUUCCUCAAUCUGAGAGAAUUUAUGGAACGAGUCAUUGUGUUUAUGCUCUCCAAUGAACAAUACCCAGGCCACACUAGCCUCAACUGGUCACUAUUUACCAACGAUGGACGUGAGACUACCAUGGCAACAUUCUUCAAAUUUUGGCACAACUUUUAUUAUGAUCAGAAGUUUCUCAAGUUUUCCAGCCAGUACACAGGUUGGGAGAGAUCAGUUGCACCAUUAGCCUUGGCUAACCCUCACAACAAAGAGUUGGUGGUUCUUCUGCACAACUAUGGAACUGCCUGGCAGAAUGUAAAGUUAGACUUCCACGGUGGAUGGAUCAAUCCUACAGUUGGCGAAUCAACAUGUAUCCAGUACCAAAACGGAAAAACACAAAUGCAUUCCAAUGUCCACUUUGACACAACAAAGUACAACGGACAUGUUGGUCUGCCGGGAGAGUCGACGUGUUUCUACAAGUUUAAAACAAACUACAACUUUGAUGGUGUACGCACCAACAACGAAAACACAUACUAUGGCACCGAUAUGGUCAUCCCCAUCAGCAACGGACAUGCACAGACCACCAUCCAUCUACCCAGCUCAGGCUACCAUACAUCACAUCUUAGAAUAGGCGUUAGCCGUGACAAAAACGCCAAUGGAAAACCCCACAGUGUCGUGUUCAAUGGGUAUACCCUGCCUUCAGCCCUAACGUUGUACGACGCUGAAAAGGGCCAGUCAUCAACGAAAUGGGAGGUAUGGGAGUACUUGGUACCAACUGAUCACGUUAAAUCUACUAACACCAUCAGCAUGACCUUUGAUGGAAAUGGCGGUCACGUGUCUUCAGUAGCGUUGGUCGUCGGAAAACUUCAAUAAAUUAUUAUAUUUCA